GGGGAAGUGCAGCCCGGGCGCCUGCGCAAUGCGCCCUGUGCCCCCCUCCCCGCGAUCCGGCCGGACCUCGGAGCGCGCGGGCCGGCGGCGGCGCGAGCGGCUCGAGAGCGCAGCCGCUCAAAGCCUGGGGAAGUGAUUGCUCAAAGGGGGGGCCGGAAGAACCCAGGUUUCCGCGUCUCCCGCCCCACUUCGGCUUAGUGGGGAGGGGCCGAGGCGGGACGCGCUGUCCGCCCCCGCCCCCAGCCCGUUGCAUCUGGCAGCUGCUCAGCACUGACGGUCGCAGGGGAGUAGCUACGACCCGCGCCCCAGCAGAUCGGGGACUCCAGGCGCCGGCCUCCCUCCAGAAAGCUGCAGGAGUACCUCCUGCUGUCUGACUUGAGUCCCUGCUGCUGCAGUGCACGCCCCUUCGGCAGCCAGGGCGGGGCCCGGGGCGAAUCUGGCCCCUCCCGCCCCCACCUCGCCUUUGGGUCACUGGAAGUCCCGUCCAGGGCCCACUCAAAUCCUCCAUGCUGCAGGCCUAGGCUGCUGCCCCUGGCCAAGUCUCAGUGACAGACCCCCAGGCUGUGGUGAGGGUCCCGGAGCUGGCACCACGGAGCCCAGGCGACCUCCUCCACCCACCCAUGCCCACCCCACAUGAGGCUGAGAAACAGCACGGCGGGCCGGAGGCGGCGGGCCGGCCGCCCUCGAUGUCGGGCCCUGAUGCUGCCACCCGGGCCGCCCCCGGCCGCCCCCCCUGCUGCCUGUGUUGGUGCUGGUGCUGUGGCUGUUCGCGGAACGAAGAGCGGCGGAGAGCAUGGCGGGCCUCGCAGGAUAACAAGCUGCAGCCCCUCCCCAGCUGUGAAGUGUGUGCCACACCAAGCCCCGAGGAGGUGCAGAGCUGGGCACAGUCCUUCGACAAGCUGAUGCACAGCCCGGCGGGCCGCGGUGUGUUCCGGGAGUUUCUGCGCACAGAAUAUAGCGAGGAGAACAUGCUCUUCUGGCUGGCCUGCGAGGAGCUCAAAUCCGAAGCCAACCAGCACGUGGUGGACGAGAAGGCGCGGCUUAUCUACGAGGACUACGUGUCCAUCCUGUCCCCCAAGGAGGUGAGCCUGGACUCCCGAGUGCGGGAGGGCAUCAACAAGAAGAUGCAGGAGCCGUCUGCACACACAUUUGACGACGCGCAGCUGCAGAUUUACACACUCAUGCACCGGGACUCGUACCCCCGCUUCCUCAGCUCCCCCACUUAUCGUGCCCUGCUGCUCCGGGGGGGUUCCCAGUCCUCCAGCGAGGCCUAGGCUGCCCACUGCAGCAGCACAGAUGGGACCCGCCCAUGGGCAGACUCAGGUUACCUUCACAAACUUGUGUCAGCAGGUGUCGGGCACACCUGCAGGGUCCAGCACCCCUGGGGGCAAGCCCAGCAAGAGCUCCAGGUGCAGGGCAGACCAGAAGCCUCCGCCCCACCCUGGGGACAUAGGACCUCAGGGCCCUGCUAAGAGGCAGGCAUGAGGGCCUCUGGGCCCAGGCAGCCCCCCACACAUCAGCUCCGACCGGCCUGCCAGAGCUUCAGCAUGGUGAGAGGAGGGACCCUCCCAAGAGGCACCUCGGACCCGCCAGCCUCCCGGGCCUUCUCCCCACGCAUCCAGGAGCCUCAAGAAAUGCCUUUUCUGGAGAACAGGGCCUCUGUACUGAAUCGUUUUGAGACACGAGGAGACCCUCCAACUCAGGCUGUGUGCACCCCAGAAUCAGACCCGAACCUCAGAACAGGCUGAACACAAAAGGAGUCAGCUGCUUUUAUAUGUUCCUUGACUUUAAACCUGGAAAUAUGUCCUCACAGUUUUAUCAAAAACAGAAAAAAAGUUUUCAUAUUUAUCUCCAUCUCUCUUCCCCCCAAAAUAAGAGUGUCUUAUUUGAAGUUAUUUUUUAA